AUGGCUGUUCGGGAAAAGGUCGCCUUAUACUCAAUUAUUCUCGUACUGUUUGCGAUAAAAUAUGCAAACAGCUUGCCUAAAAAUAUGGCGAAGAGAGCGAGACCGGGCGUUAAACCACUUUUCAGUUCAACGCCAGCUCCUUGGACUAAGCAGAAAACCCCACGACAUCAAAUAUCAAAACCAAACCAACAGGACAUAUUCGAAAAAUUUAACUUCCCUGAAAUACAAUACCCAUCAGCUUCAACACCAAACACUCCGUUGUAUUUUCAUGACAUUGAAAAUAAAUUUAAAGAUACAGCAUUGAAGGGAACGCCCAAACGGAAAGUGGAAAAACAAAGACGAACUCGGAAGUUGGAAACAAAAUCAGUACAGGGAAAUUCGAAAGGUCCUGAAUUUUCAUCAGCUCCAAGUUAUCGAGACGUAGGCACCUUCCCUGACGUAGAAUAUCCCUUAAACAACAAAGAUAUCUGGCGGCCUAAUUAUUGGAACUGUCCACCUAAGACCUUUUCACCUUCGACAAACAUCACUAAAUCUAGAAGACGAGGGAUACACAGUACAACGAAAUCGACAGUGAAAUCAAAGAAUAAUAACCAAAUAAAGCGUCUAUCCACCUUAAACAGAACUAACAGGAAUCAUCCAGGUGUUAGGGAAGAUAAUAAACGAGUAGAGUUACCUACAAAGAAGCGAUCACACGAGCCACUCUUUGAUUAUUCAUAUACGGCCACGCCUACACCAGAUCUGUCGCCUGAAAUUUCAGCGUUGCGAACGAAACUUGCAUCAAACAUAGCACAAAAAGCCGUAUCUUUGAUUAAGGAUAAAGUAAAUUCUAAAACUUCUAAAGAGCCCACAUUUGCGUUACUUAAUGAUCAUGAAUUAGAAGAGAUAUUAUUACUCCCACGCAACUUUAAUAGCCACUCUUUGAUGGAUUCUAUCAAAGUUGAGCCUCCAGUAAAUGUGGAUACAUAUAAAACAACUGAGCCCGCGAUAAAUAUGUUUACUAUCACAGAAAGUCCAGAGCUCCAUAAAUUAAAUCAAGCGAACACAUUUGGAACUGAUAAUACAAAUUUAUUACCCCUGAACGAUAUAAAUAUAGACUCAUUAUCACCACGUGGAUCUCACAACGAUACAAACAGAUCAAUAGUUGAACAUAGUGAUGACGUUAUAGAUAAAAGUGUGAAUAAUGUAACUAUAACUGAUAAGGCUAACAAUGAAUCAGAUGAAGAUUAUACUACAGACGAUCCAAGCGACAAUUAUGUUCUAAGCACGAUUUCUCCUAUAGACAAUUGGAGAAAUACAGAUAUAAUAGACCCGUAUAAGUCUGUAUCGUAUCCAGAUGAUUUGGAAGAUUAUUUCAUAGCUGUAAAGUAG